UUCAGUAAGAAAGUUUCCAUAUUUCCUAAGCAGAGUUACACAUCAUGAAGUAACUGAGAUAUGUCUACAAUAUUAUAUUCACUCGUCAAAUUAGAGUUGUAGAUGUCUGAGCUUGACCCCCAAUACCUAUUGAGAGGAAGCUCAUUGUCCACCCACACUUUGCACCUCAGGUUAAAUCUGUGACUUCACACUAGCUACACAUCAGCAGAAAGGAAUAUACGCAAUUGAAAAUGGACUCCAUUAGAAGCUUACAAACUACUGAAGCCAUACAACGCAUAUCAGAUUCAGUGUUUGUGGGACUGAGCCACAUAGUGGGGACCUCACAACUGGUGGCCAUGCGGAGAGAUAUGAUGGACAUCAGUGAUGUAGUGGACAAUCAAGUGAAAACAAGUGAUGAGCAAAGUGGGAUGGUGAGUGGAAGUAUCAGAGAAGGACUCAGACUGAAAGGAUCAGAUAUUGACGUUAUGUACUGGCCACAUAAUCACCGUGUGAUCUGGGAAUUAUCUCAGUCUCAGUAUUACAACACACACAGACAAACACUGAUCCUCUGUGACUGUUCUGAAAGUCCACCAGGAUUUACUUUAAUAUAUUUACUGUCACCAAGCAUGGUCAGAGACAUUCAAAGAGCGUGUGUUAGAAUGAAUAACAAAUAUUAUGUAUCUAGUUCUAAAUACACACAGAUCUUUAUAUCUGAGUCAUCACUACCUUAUAACCCCACUCCACAUGGACCCUGUGUCAGUGGAACAUAUAGAACAACAGAAUAUGAUUCUGCCUACUGUUUUGCUAGUGACUUUUGGCCUCCCUCUGCCUUCCAAUGGAUAGACAGAUGUCUCUCAUGGCCCCAGCCUCAUGUUGUUGAUGAUAUAGUGAAAAAUGGAUGCCACUUUGUAGCAAUUGGACAUAAGUUAGGAAAUCAUGAAGAUCAUGAAUGGAGAAUAUCUUUCUCCAAAGCUGAACAAAAACUUGUGUAUGCAAUGAAUCACUGUCAAUUCUUAACUUACGGCUUACUUAAAUUGAUCUUAACAGAAAUAAUUAACAAUGGAGUAGGUGAUGAUGAUAAAUUACUGUGUUCCUAUCACAUGAAGACGGCAGUUUUCUGGGUGAUCCAACAAAAUGCAAUACCUCACUGGUGCCCACAAAAUCUUCUGGGGGGUUUCUGGGUCUGUUUUAAACUCAUCCUCAAAUGGGUGUUUGAGGCGGUCUGUCCUAACUUUUUCAUUCCAGGCAACAACAUGUUUCUGAGUAAAAUUCAUGGCGUCAAACAACAUCAAUUAUUUGAAAGACUGUCAGAGUUGUAUAAAAAGGGUUUAGCAUUCCUGCUACACAGUCCCUCCAUUAGGUCUUAUAUUAUAGAUGUCCUCUAUAACCCCAGAAACUUUAUCUGUACAGAUGAUCAUACUCUGAUUUCUGAGGAUGAGUUUGAUAGAAAUCUAUUUAAUGAAAUACUAAGUCAAUAUGCAAUACCAGGCAAACUGGACAUACAAAUCUGCAUUAGAUAUCUACAUACAAUAGAACAGAUGAUAAGUUCACCCCUACUGACACAGUAUCAAGUCAUAAUGCUACAGAACAUGACCUCUAGGAGCCUUAUGAACACAGCUUUUAUAUUUCAUAUGGAAACUUGCACACCUGACAACAAACUGAGUUAUAGAGCUGACAAAAUGUCCAGUCAUAUGCUAAAAUUAGCUGCCAGUUUUGGUUAUAUUACAGACAUGCUGUACAUGGCCAUGUAUUAUUAUAAGACACUUAGAUACGUGGUAGCUUUAUCUAUUAUAGAGAUGAUCAAAUUCAAGUUAGCGCAGCCAUAUGUGAUGUAUAAAUAUAUAGAUGCAGAGAUGUAUACUGAAGCUGUAGGGGGACAGUCCUGGUCUACAAAGAUGAGACAGGUUGUAUUAUAUCAUGCCAGACUUGACAAAGGAAUUCAUUACAUCAGUGAAUUGAUACCAGAACAACAGUCUAGUCUACAGAAUAAUCAGGAUAUAUUAUUCAUCCCACCCUUUAUCCUGUUAUACAUGCUAGAGAUCUUGUGCUACAGACAUGUAGACACAAUGCGAGCACAAACAGCUCUAGAUGAUCUACAGACCCUAGUUCACUAUGAUCAGGAACAGAUUAUAGAUUUAGAUUUCAGAGACAUAUCGUGGCAGAUUCUGGGGAUCUGUCAACAGGUGACAGGGAACCUCCAGGCUGCUCUUUACUCAUACCAACAAUCUCUCAGACAAGAACCAUUCAACAAAAUACAAGCAGCUACAGAAAUGAGAAUACAGAAAGUUUACCAAGGGAUUAAUUAA